GCCUGCAAAGUUAAUCAUAGCAGCAAGCACAGCAGCGACAGCAGCAGCAGCAACCAAAACAGCAGCAAUGGCCGCUUUCCGCAGGGUGGCUGCGCUGGCCGGGAAAAUAAACCUCCUGACGGCGACGAGAACCGAGCUGGUCGGUGGUCAGGCUGCCGCAGGAGGGAGAGCACGGAAGUGUCUGGCUGUCGGUAUGUGUCUCGCAACGGGAGGCGCGGUGGCUCUUUACUUCUACAACGAUUUGACGACCGUCGCCAGAGGCAGGAAGAGGAUGAGGAGUCCCAGCAUCAGCGGGCUGCUGCCCUCCAUCCCGACUGUAGAAGCCAAAGAGAAGGCUCGUCCCUUUGACUUUGAGGAGGGGGACGUGUACAUGUCGUCCCACGAGCAUCGCUUCCGCACGUUCAGCUCUGUGGAGUACGACGGGCAGCUGUACAUGACCCCGCAGAACUUCAUCGAGUCAGUCACCAUGAGCGAACCAAGAAACAAGAGGCCCUGGAGGUCCCUGACCAAACAGGAGCUGGAGAAGAUUUUGACAGAUACUCCGCCCGUAUGGAGAGGAUCCUCCAAACUGUUCCGCAACCUGAGAGAACGAGGCAUCAUCUCGUACACAGAGUACCUGUUCCUGCUCUGCAUCCUGACAAAACCCCACGCUGGCUUUAAGAUUGCCUUCAAUAUGUUUGAUGCGGACGGCAACCAGAUGGUGGACAAGAGGGAGUUCAUGGUGCUUCAGGAGAUCUUCCGCAAGAAAAAUGAGAAGAAAGGGCGGAGAGGAGAUGCCGAGAAGUCGGCACAGUUGAGUAUGCAGCUCUAUGGAUAUCAGGUUGCCCCCAUGAACAGCGUGCUAAAAAAAGACAGUCAGGAGUUUGUGGUGCGGAGUUACUGGGACGUUCUGAGGCGAGGCGCCAGUCAAGUCCUCUUUUCGGACCUGGCGGAGGAUUUUACUCUUGAGCGAGCAGACGAGAGCAUCACCAUUGACACCACCCUGUUGGUGCAUUUCUUUGGGAAGAAAGGGAAGGCGGAGCUUACGUUUGAUGACUUCUACAGGUUUAUGGAUAACCUUCAGACAGAGGUGCUGGAGAUAGAGUUUCUGACCUACUCUAAAGGGAUGACCACCAUCAGUGAAGAAGACUUUGCCAAAAUCCUGCUGCGCUUCACCAACGUGGAGAACAUCAGCGCCUACCUGGAGAACGUUCGCCAUUGUAUACCUGACGAGAAAGGAAUCACCUUCGAUGAGUUCAGAUCCUUCUUCCAGUUUCUCAACAACCUGGAGGACUUCGCCAUCGCCAUGCAGAUGUACAAUUUCGCCUCUCGCUCCAUCGGACAAGAUGAGUUUGCCCGAGCGGUUUAUGUGGCCACGGGGCUGAAGCUGACACGUCACCUUGUAAACACCAUCUUCAAGAUCUUUGAUGUCGACCACGACGACCAGCUCUCCUACAAGGAGUUCAUCGGGAUAAUGAAGGACCGGCUGCACAGAGGAGCCAGGGGUUAUAAAUCUGUGGAGCGUGCCACCUCUUUUAAGUCCUGUCUGAAGAAGGAGCUGGCGAGCAGCAGGUGAAGGGACGACGCCAUGCCUCCUUCUCCGACUGCGUCCGCUCUGAGGCCGGGAAACAAGUUCACCAGCUCUGGAGGAGGUUCCAGGAGAAGCCGUAGAAGAGGAGAGAGUCUGACGGCAGGCAAUAAAAACACAAAAAAUGAAGGAAGCAAUUUGAAGUACGGGUUAAAUGAAAGUGAGAAAACAACUCUGUGUCUUCAAGAGCAGACGUCCAACGCAGAUGAUAACUACAAGCAUGACCGCACACAGCAGCUGACUGACUUCCUGUUUAUUAGCAACAUGACUCCUCUCCUCCUGUUUAUGACAUAGAUCUGAUUCCAGUUAUUAUUAUAUAAUAUAACUUUAUCCUCGAUGCAUGGUGCCUCCUUAACAGUCAGUGAGACUGCGACUUGUUUUUUAAAUGGAGCUGUAAACGUGAUGUUAUGAAAUGUAAUUUAUUCCGACCAGUGUACAAAAGCAAAGUUAUUGUUUGAACGGCUGCACUACAAACUGAAGGAGCACAAAUAUAAUGAUAUAACAAUCACAACCCCAUGUGAUGAUACAAUUAAACAUGCAGGAUUAACUACAGUGGUUUAAAGGAAUACAUUAGCAAAGAAGAAACACUAAAAGGUAGACUAGAAAUGCUAUUAAUUGUUUAGUCUUUAACCUAAUCACUGAUCUUUAUCUAAUAUGUAAUCUGCACCUUUGGACAUGUUUGACCUGGAUGUAUCAGCAUGAAAGACAUCCAUCCAUUAUCUAGACCCCUUUUCCUGUUCGGGGGCCCCAGGGGGGCUGGAGCCGAUCCCAGCUGUCAUUGGGCGAGAGGCCGGGUUGCACCCUGGACUGGUCAAUCACAGGGCUGACAUAUAUGGUGCAUUCAAGUGAUAUCACGAAAAGGAGUUUCCGGAAACUCCGGAAAAAAUUAGGUGCCCGACCUGCCGACUUGACAUCAUAUUCGUCAUCACAUCGAGGGAAAAAUAUGUUUAAUUAAUGUCGAGAUACUUUUGAUUAAUUUACAUAUUGCACAUCAACUUUUUGCUCAAAUAUAACUCAUAACACAGACAUUCACACUAUUCUUCAUAGCAUCAACGCUGUUUGUUGCUGUUACAACAUUCCAACUUUCCGAAGUCAGCAGAGCGACUUCCCAAACUGGGACCAUCCGAGGAGCACCUGAAUGCAGCAUAAGAGACAACCACACUCACAUUCACACCUACUGGCAAUUUAGAGUCAGCAAUGACCCUAACGAGCAUGUCUUUGGACUGUGGGAGGAAGCCGGAGUACCAGGAGAGAACCCACACAUGCACGGGGAGAACAUGCAGACUCCACACAGAGAGGCUCCUGUCAGACGGGGAUUCAAACCAGGAACCUCCUCGCUGGGAGGUGACAGAGCUAACCACUGUGCAGCCCAUAAGAUAUUCUAUAUUCAAUAUUUAUCACGACUUUCUGAAUAUGUUGGCCUGUUUUAGGUUUGAAUACUUUAUGCAGUAUAUGUGAUGGAAAUCUACAGAGGUGCCUUGUAUUCAUUAUCUACGUUAUCUGAAAAACUGACAUAAAACCAGACUUGUUGCAAAUA